AUGGAAUUCCUCUCUUUUUCACCCCAAAAUGCCUGGCGGGGGCUGCACGGGGGGGCCCUGGCAGCGCUGCCGCCCCCGGCACACGCUUUCGUGGAGGAGGGGGCGAGGCUGUGCCAGCCCCGGGCCCUGCGGCUCUGCGACGUCUCCGAGAAGGAGGGAAGGGAGCUGCUCAGGGGGCUGCAGGAGGACGGGACACUGCUGCCCCUCCCCAAGUAUGAGAACUGCUGGCUGGCCCGCACGGACCCCUGGGAUGUGGCGUGGGUGGAGAGCCGCACGGUGCUGGUGACGGAGUGGGAGCGGGAUGCCGUGCCCCCCCGAUCCCAAAACGGGACCCCGCAGCUGGGCAACUGGAUGAGCCCCCAGCAGCUGGAGCAGGCCCUACAGCAGCGCUUCCCGGGCUGCAUGGAAGGCCGCACCAUGUACAUCAUCCCCUUCAGCAUGGGCCCCCCCUCAUCACCCCUGGCCAAGGUGGGCGUGCAGCUCACCGACUCGCCCUACGUCAUGGCCUCCAUGCGCAUCAUGACCCGCGUGGACCACCAGAUCUUCCCCUCGCUGGCCACCGGGGACUUCGUCCACUGUCUCCAUUCCGUCGGCCGGCCUCUGCCGCUCACUGAGCCCCUGGUGAACGGGUCCUGCGACCCCGAGGGCACCCUGGAGGCCCACGUCUCCGCCAAGCACCGCAUCGCGUCCUUCGGAAGCGGCUACAGGGGCAACUCGCUGCUGGGCAAGAAGUGCUUCACCCUGCUCAUGGCCUCCUGCAUGGCCCGCGAUGAGGGCUGGCUGGCCGAGCACAUGCUGGUGGGGGGCUCUUUUGGGGUGAAAUCAGGGGUUUGGUUCUUGUUCGUCAUUAUGGUGAAUGGGAGUGAAAUGUGGGAUUUGGAGAAGAUCAGGUUCUUAGUGGUCAUUAUGGUGAAUGGGAGUGAAAUGUGGGAUUUGGAGAAGAUCAGGUUAUUGUUGGUCAUUAUGGUGAAUGGGAGUGAUGUGGAUUUGGAGAAGAUCAGGAGGAUCAGUGUUUCAGUGGAAGGUGAGAAGCACUUCACUGAGAAAUCUAGAGAACUGGCUUGA